AUGCGGGCCAACUCUUUUCUUCCUUGGUUUUUACCACUGCAGGUUUGUUGUCUGUUCUGUUGUCGUGUCACCAGUCAAAAGCAGUUUUCCUCGCUGUCUGAUGUCACGGAAGCCUUGCGUAAAGUAAACAUCGAUCUGGUCAACAGCCGGCUGCACAGUUCAGGAUUACAACAUGGUGAUGCGACGAUUGCGGGGGUAAAGGUUUCCCUCGCAUUUCCUUGGCCACUCGACAAAAAUGGAACCAUGCAGUUGCCUAGCAACCAGAGACUGCCAAUACCAGAUGUACGUGACUUUGCCAGACAACUAUGGCGUCAGGUGGGGAUUAAUGGUUUAUUGCCUCCUUUGCAAUUAGUCGGGAUUGGUAACUACGGUCUCUCCGUGGAGACUUUCCGGCUAUCUUUUAAAGCAGGAAACGUAUCGGCUGUUCAAAUAACGUUUAACAUUCCCGGAAGGGAUGCUUUGCAUCAAUUGAAGUUUAAAAUUGUCCAGCCUAAACUAAACAUUGAAUUGGAUUUCCUAAGACGUCAAGCUAAUGUCAAAGCCAAAGGUUUCUUGGUAUCGUUAAAUUACGUGGAAUCCAGAUUGAAAAACAGAGGAUUGCCCAUUGAAUUAAUUUUUCCAGACGACCUGGGUGGCUCUAUGGAAACCACUGUCGUUGAUAAGAGUGCUGUUGUUGAAUUCAACUCCCUGAUGCCACUGCUUUCGUCGUUUAUGAAUAUGAAGGCCUUGGAAGCAAUCCGUCGCAUUUCUCAAAACAUCACUGUUCCAAUGUUACAUUUGCGCUUAGCUGCUGGGCUUUCUAACAUCUCCAUUGUUAACGUGACAAUGGUUUCAACGCGACCCUUUUUAGUCCUAGGAAAAGUGACCAUUAGUACUGCAACGUUAGAGUUGACAGAAAAUGGCAACUCGUUUCAUGCCACCAUCAACAUCUGUGGACAAGACAUAUCGGUUAAUAUGCGUAAUGAUACUAGUGGAGAUUAUUUAAUCCUUGAAGCAGCGGGAGAAGGAAAGCAACGGACUGCGUCAAUAACUCUUGAUACUUUCCUUUCUUGCUUCGAGGACUUAAAACAGCGCCGACCAGACAUUGAUUUCAUGCGACUGAACAAUUCGUCUUACUCAUUCGGUCUCAAACAAUUCCGCAUUAGAUAUAAAAUGAGACCAAACCUACAGCUAGCUGACAUUAUUGUUCUCUUUCAACUACCAAGUGAGUGGAACGUCUUCAAAGGAGCAUUCUUAUCGACACAGCUGCUUAAUUCAACAUUAAGCGCUAAAAUAACCCUUUCCCGUCAUAAUUCACUCGCAGAUAUCAAGGCAGAAAUUUUUGGCCAAGCAAUUAUUGGACAUCCACCAUUGAUAGAGUUCCCUUUUUUGAUCGAAGUCCCAACUAAAGCCAGCCCUAUAUCACUGACUCUUCAAGGUACAAAAACGAUAAGCGUUGAUUUUAAAACGUUGUCAAAGCUAGGAAUUCUAAGUGGUGCUUUUCCUUCUUUUCUAAACACGCUACUUACACAGCUUCUGAUCACGAAACUGAAACUAGAAUUUUCCUCAGUGCUUACUGGCGCCUUCAAAACAACCACUCUGCAUAUUGAAACGCCGCCAAAAACAGUAUGGAACUUUCCAUUUUUUUACCUCGGGAAUAUCAAAAUAUUUCACACUGUGAAUCACACUCUUGUUAGUGGUGAAAUCAACCUUGGAAAUGUGAGCUUACCAUGCCAACUUGACUGGCCGCCGACAGGUGGAGACCCAGUAAUAGAACUCCGAAAUUCUGCGAUGGUAGGAGUUUCGUCAUUUGUUCAGCAAGUUUAUCGAACGUUCUUUGGAAGAGAGAAAAUCAAGGACAUUUUAAGAGGUCUGAAAAGAAGCAAACUAUCAGUCAUAUCUAGCUUUACCCUUCAAAAGGCCUCAUUUCAUUUAUCCAGGAACCUUUCACUUCAAAAAGCAUCAUUUAAAGGAGCUAUUGGGAAGUAUUCAUGGGAACUUCUGAACGAUUUCUUUGGCGUUAGAGAUAUUUCUAUUUCGAUUGACAUCGACGUCGGACCGUCUUUCGCCCUAUUCAUCGAAGGAACGAUCGUUUUGGUCGAGGGAAGCGUUAGCAUGCCUUUCCAGCUGAACGUUCCCUUCUCAAAAAACCAAUCACUGGAAAUCAGCCUUCCUGAAAACGCACGACCACGUAUUUCUUUCCGAAAUCUUAGUGGUAUAUUAUUUUCGGCAUCAGGAAGCAUUUUUCCUUCCUCCCUUGGAUCGUAUCUUCCAGAGUUAGUUCUCCAAAAACAGAUUAUUUCCUUCGAUGAAAUGUUAACGGUGUUCGAAAUUCAUACCCUUCAGGCUGUCCGGACCACCCCUUGGGAUCUUGGGGGCAUUGGAGCUCUUACCAUUUCGAAUGUUACAGUUUCUAUGAGCCCGCACCAGUUUACGUUGAGGGGAAGUCUUUCGAUUGGUAAUACAGUCUUGGUGCUUAAGCUGACAAACUCUUCCGAUGGACAAGUGUUUAGUCUAGUUCGCCCAAUAGAAGUCAAAGGGCUGAAUGAUCUAAUAACAGAUGCCUUGAAAAAGAUGUUGCCAGGAGUAAAAAGUUUACCGGAUGUUGAUCUGUUAGGCCUCAAUGUCGCUGACAGGUCCUCAGUACAGUUUGCGAAAGUACAGUUCUCCAACAAUUUUGAUUUUCUGCAAUCCUUUGCCCUUAAAAUAAGGCUCUCCAAUUCUUGGUCGUUUUUCCAGUCAACCUUUUCAUUGCUCGCUCCUACCAUGAACUUACACGUUGACGAUCUCAGUGACAUUCCAAGUUACAAGCUCGACGUAUCUGGCACCAUAGAGUUUGUAAACGGAAAAAAACGAAUAGUUUUUCCACUUGAAUGCAACAUCCCAGAAUCACCGAACUCUAUGAUCACUUUGAAAUUGCAACAAGAAGUGGUUUUUAAUCUCUCAAAUAUUGCAGCGUUACCGUUGGUCGGUAAACUGAUUCCACCUUCUCUACUGGCACCAAUUUCAGAUAUCAUUGGAGACGUUCAACUUUGGCCAUUAAGAGCAGACUUCGAACCUACAACAGCACGUUUGGAGUCAUUAAACUUAACAGUAACCGCUCUCAAACACUGGCAACUGAACGGCUUUCCACUGGCGUUCCAAAAUAUUACCUUAGAACUGAGAGUCGGCCAAAACGUUCACGCAACUCUACAAGGAAUUAUUGUCUUAAAAACUAAGCCAAUUUUUGUGCGAAUGCCAUUCCCACCAGAUAUACCGAACGUUCCUGAAUUGAAACUGACAUUCCCAGGAUUUCCAGAGAUAACGUUGGGAGAAAUAGGUUUACAACUUGUCAAUGGCUUCGGCUUAGAGGGCCUUUUCCCGCCAGUUUUUGAUAAACUGAAAAUUUCAAUGAAACUCUUGAACUUACGCCUGUUACCACCUCUAAGGCAGUUGAGGAUCCAAAGCUUCCGAAUGAGCUUUUCACUAAAAGACCAAGUCACCAUUAUUGAUAACUGGCUACGUAUAUCUGACAUAACGGCUGACCUUAGUGUGGCAACCGCCAAUAAAGUGAGCGUAGCUGGGCGAUUGGCAUGUGUCAUGACGUUUGGAAAAGGGGCCAAUGUCCUUCAAAUUCACGGGGUACUAAUAAUGCCUCAUUACUCAUUUCAAGCGUGGGAACUUGACAUCCUCCCGCAGCAAACGGAUCUUUCAGCAGCUAAUAUUGUUGAAUUAACUGGUGGUGGAUUUGAUUUAAAGGCACUGUUUCCUGACGAUAUUCUAUCAAAAGCAGACAAGUUUUUGUUGAAACUCUUUAAAGCCGCUUUCAAUCCCAACCCUCGUUUUCAAAUAUUCAACAUAACAUGCGCUUUAGAGGCAAACCUUAGUGACGUCUCGCUUCCACUUGGAAUAAGAAUUCAUCGUAUUUACAUAAAGCUGUUUAUUAAGGACGCUUUCACUGCCAAGCAGUCUGUCAAGAUUACAAUAUAUGUCGUGAUCAGCCUUGGCAAGGCAGUAGUUGAGACAUUUCUCACUGUCUACAAGGACUCCGUUGUUCUAGCUAUCGAAAACCUUAAGGAGCAACCAUUAACUUUAUCAGACUUGGCAACUCUGAUUGGUGGGGAUCAGCUUCUUAACAUCGUGCCGGGCGCCUUUUUGAACUUUAAUAAAGUGAACAGCUUGAGCAUCAGUUUCAGCAAACCUCAAUUUGACGUACUCAAUGCCACUGUCCGAUAUGAUAUCAAUGGUUUUGAUGUCGGUUUUAGUUUUCCACUGCCAGUGCCUGACCCAUCCAAUAACUUUAAAGCAAGACUUGCUGUUCAAUAUCUGACACUCGACUUAAAACAAAGGAAGGACUGGGAACUUAGCGCAGCCAUUAAAGCAUCGUUCACCGGAAUUCCGUUAGAGAGACACUUCAGUGAUCUUGAGGGAUUAGUAACCGUAACAUCACGAUCUGCAAUACUAACUCUUAAGAAGAAACUCCUUGACACCAAAGUUGAUAUGAAACUUGCUGGCAUAGACUGCAACUUGAACAUCAAGUUUUCAGAGCCACAAAUUAUAUUUGUUACACCACGACAGCCCAGAAUUAUGGUAAGCCUUGAAGUAACGGGAUUCGAUGUUCUUAACAAAAUGUUCCCCUUCAAAGUAUUCAAGGACACAUUAAAGGUUUAUGUUGUGAUAACAGAAGAGACAGGUAUGUCAAUUCAACUAAAAACAAUGCCAAUUAGGGAUGAACUGAUACCCUGCAAGAAGGACAACGAACUUUAUACCUGUGAUUUUACAUGGCUUUGUGAGAAACAUUCCUACGUCACAUUCAAACUUCCUUCUCUUGCAUAUACGAGAGACGGCUUCUCUGCUAUCAUUGACGUUCAAGGCUUGGACACGCUGUGCGUUCCUAUCACACUGCCUCUCCUGCGAAAUUUCUUGAAGAAUAUCCCAUUCCUCUUUAAUCUAGUCAAAUCAAACAUUCCUUUGUGGCCUCCUCCGGACAUAAUAGGCAACUUAAAUAGAAUGGGAUGUAAUAUCGGUAACCUACCGAAGGGCAUGUAUCGAUUCAAAAGCCCAGAAUUUCCAAGAGAGAUAACCUUAGCCCUCUCUAUGUCGCCGAACGGUCCCUUAACAUUAAGUCUAGAGGUUCAGAAUGGAGAAUCCUUAGAUGUGGCAAUGCCGGUGAGUCCCUUAGGUGACUUGCUAGCAGUCUCCUUCAGGCGAUUCUCUAUUGGAACUAUUUUCGGGUUGCCAUUUGUUGACAUCGACGCUGAAUUAUAUCUUUGGGAUCUUAAGUUUGUAAUACUUCUUUCACGCCUUCCAAGACAAACUCCACUGCUAAUCAACGCGGCGAAUAUGGAAACACACAUAAUCUGCAAAGACUGCUUCUUUGUCAUCCUGGGUUUUCUGCCAAUUCCGAUUUUUGCUGCACCCUUGUCCGUGAAAUAUUCGACACUCAUUGAUAUCCAAGCUCAAUUAACAAUAUAUCAUCGAAGACCUGAUUUUAAAGACUUGGGCGCAAUUGCCGCUCUUUUGGUUGGUCUUGUAAAGUAUUAUACAACCAAGGACUACUUAUUAUCGAUGGAUGACGUAAAAGCUGCAAAUAGCAGUUUACUUGUCCUAAAACUGUCGCACGAAAAUGACUUGACUAUGAUUCAGCUACCCGCGUUCUCUGGUGGAAGUAAACUUACAUUGAAUGUCCCGCCAAUAGAUGGUAAGAAGUUUCUCAUUGGUUGGAUGAAUUUCAUGAAAACUUUUGAGCCUAUAUGGCUGCUACAGAUUGUUCCCCUCAAAUAUCGUAUUUUGGACGUUGCAUUCAAUAUCGGUCCUUUUAGAUGGUCUUUGCUCAAAUUUGCAGCUUCAUCACCAGAGGAGCUAAAGAAAAACAAAGCUCUCUGGCCGUAUCCAGUGAUGGAGAGUGGAGACGAUGCAUUGAUAAUGGCGUCUGCUGACUUACUUCUUCUCUCUGCUGACGUUGUUCUUCGUGUAAAGAACUUUGGAAAUGCUGGUCUGUCGCUGCGUUUGAACGCUGGUAUAAGUAGGGUGGUCAAGAUAAGCUUUGAAGCCGCCACACAGAUCAACUUGGAGGACUCUUCCAAUCCAAUGCUGAUUUCUGCAAAAGCUCACCUAAAACUGUUUGAUGUACCACUCCUUAGGGGUGAGGUGACUGUUACCAAAGACAUGAUAGUAGUAUUUGGCGAAUUGAAAUUUAACUUUCUGGGCGUCGUUAAAUUGGGUGGAAGGGUAAGAGCUGUUUUUGGUCCUGGCCUUGUAUUCGUACUAGAUGCUGCAAUAGGUCUUCAGUUUGUGGGUGUGACGCUAUCCAGUGGCCGCAUUUACAUAAAGGAAUCUCCUUCAAGCUCGUUGGUACGGGCAUCAUCUCGAUUCAUGGGGUCGAAACUAAACAUUGUGAUUAGACGUCGUGGUCUUUCUAUGGCCAUUGAAGCACAGGCGAAAAUAGCCGUUGGUCUACGAGUUGAUCUCGGCAAAAUAAAAGUCUUUGGAAGGGAUUUGGGAAGAAUUGUUUUGAGCACUGGCUUUAAUUGUGAUGUGAGGAUUUCAUUUCCUGGAAGAAGCACGUUAAAGGUUUCAUUUCAUUUUCUAGGGCAAAAAAUAGAUCUUCCUUCAUUAAUAAUUGACAUACAAGAUGCAAGACCUGAGAGAAUCCCGACACUUUUACUAGAUUAUGUUAAGAAUAAAGCGCCUACUUUGAUAAAAGAUCUAUUCCAAAAGGAUCUUCGUUUGUUACUAAAAGCAUUUAUAGAAGGACUUACGAACUUUGUUGGCAACGCGGGAGAAUUCGUCAAAGACUUGCUAAAAAUGGGCUUGAAAGUAGGAGGAGAACUAAUAAAGGACGUUGGAAGAUUCCUCAAAAAUCUCGCUGACUCCACAAAGGCAUUAGCCCAAGCAGCUGAACAGGCUGUUAAAGCUGCAGCACAGGCGGCUAAGGCUGCAAGAGAGGUCGCUACGAAGGCUGUAGAGGCUGCUAAAAAAGCAGUUGAACAGGUUUCAAAAGUGGCAGAGAAAGUCAAAAGACAAUUUAAAGAGGCUGGAAAAGCUUUGAUACAAGCUACAGGAAAGGUGAUACGUCUUAAAAAUGCUGUCAAAGAGGCAGAAAGGGUCUUUAAAAACAUCUCGAAGACACUUGAAAAAGUCGUUAAUAGAAUCAGUCAGAUAGCCCAGAAAAUAGCGGACGAAAUUGCUAGAGGUCUUCGUAAUCUUGCUGGAAAGGUGAUCAAAACUGUUAAAGGAUGGUUUGGAAAACGUUCAAUAUAUCGACGUGAUGCCCUUACCGAUGAAAAGCGAAAUAAAGAAAGGGCAAAAAAAAACCUCCAAAAAGAUCAAAGCAAUCAGAAAACUCGUGUCAGGCAAAAGGAACGAGAGCUUGAAAGUGCACAAAAAAGAGAACAGAUAAAGAAAGCCUUGUAUGAAGAUGCGCGCAAGGAGGCACUCCGUUCAACAGAAAACCUCAAAAAGACUUUGAAAGAUAAAACCGAUAAGGUGGCACACUUAGAUGACAUCCUCAAAAAGGGAAAGUGCGUAACUGGUGAGCAUAACUGUCACCCAAGUGCAACCUGUAUCCGGUCAGGACAAGAAGGACAAUCA